GGAAAUAAUGGAGCUUUCACCAAAUACUAAUAUUUAUAUCCUAUCCUGGGUGUUGGUGUCAAUUGAAUGAUGAUAUGAAUUGAAUGGUGAUAUGAACGAAGCACUGGAUUGAGUUGUAGUGGAGAAAUGGAGCAGUCUGAACCAACUGUCAACGACUGUCUGGUUUUUUCUGUUAAUGGGGAGAGGUUUGAGGUCUCCACCAUCCACCCUUCCACUACUUUGCUUGAAUUCUUGCGUUCUCACACUCCUUUCAAAGGUGCCAAGCUCAGCUGUGGUGAAGGUGGCUGUGGUGCUUGUGUUGUUCUUCUGUCCAAGUAUGACCCUGUGCUUGACCAGGUGGAUGAUUUUGCAGUGAGUUCAUGUCUUACACUGCUUUGCAGUAUAAAUGGAUGUUCAAUUACUACAACUGAAGGCCUUGGGAACAUAAAAAAUGGGUUCCACCCAAUUCAUGAAAGGUUCUCUGGAUUCCAUGCUUCUCAGUGUGGCUUUUGUACUCCUGGAAUGUGCAUGUCAUUCUUCUCGGCUCUUGUCAAUGCUCAGAAAACCCAGCGGCCAGAGCCCCCUCUGGGAUUCUCCAAGCUUAAAGUUUCUGAAGCUGAAAGGGCUAUUGCAGGAAAUCUCUGUCGCUGUACUGGGUAUCGACCCAUUGCUGAUGCCUGCAAAAGUUUUGCAGCAGAUGUUGAUAUGGAGGAUUUGGGGUUUAAUUCUUUUUGGAGAAAGGGAGAUAGUAAUGAAGUGAAAAUAAGCAGCUUACCCUUGUAUAACCAUAAUGAUAAGAUUUGUACAUUUCCCGAGUUCUUGAAAAAUGAAACUAGGCCUUCUUUGCUUUUAGACUCUAGAAGAUACUCCUGGAAUAAUCCUGUUAGCCUUGAGGAACUUCAAAGCUUAUUGGGUUCUGUUGAGGAUGGAAAUGGAACUCGGGUUAAAGUAGUUGUUGGUAACACCGGUAUGGGUUAUUAUAAGGAAGUAGAAAGCUAUGACAAAUAUAUUGAUCUAAGAUAUAUCCCUGAACUCUCAAUGAUUAGAAGGGAUAAUAAUGGGAUAAAAAUUGGAGCAACUGUAACAAUUUCUAAAGCUAUUGAAGCUCUAAGGGAAUACAGCAAAGGUGGACUUUACUCAGAAGGAGACAUGGUCUAUAAAAAAAUUGCUGACCAUAUGGAAAAAAUUGCUUCAGGGUUCAUCCGGAACUCAGCUAGUCUAGGUGGAAAUCUUGUGAUGGCACAAAGGAACCAUUUUCCAUCUGACAUUGCUACAGUACUUCUUGCAGUAGGUUCAACAGUAAAUAUAAUGAAUGGUCUCAAAAGUGAAGAGCUUACAUUGGAGGAGUUCUUCAGAAGGCCAGAGUUAGAUUCCAAAAGUAUACUCUUAAGUGUCAAAAUCCUGUCUUGGGAUCAGAUUACAGGCAUUUCUUCCGGGGCCAAGAUGAAGUUACUGUUUGAAACGUAUCGAGCUGCACCACGACCCCUAGGAAAUGCAUUGCCCUAUUUAAAUGCUGCUUUAAUGGCUGAAGUUUUUCAUUGUAAAACUUCUAAUGGGAUUAUUAUAAGUAGCUGCCAGUUUGCUUUUGGUGCUUAUGGGACUAAACAUCCAAUAAGAGCUGCAAAAGUUGAAGAAUUUUUAACUGGAAAAAUGCUAAGUGUUGGUGUUCUAUAUGAAGCUAUUAAAUUAGUUAGAGGCAUUGUGGUACCUGAUGAUGGCACUUCAAGUCCAGCUUACAGGGCAAGCUUGGCUGUCAGUUUUCUUUUUGAGUUCUUUAGCCAUUUGGUUGAGCCUAAUCCUGAAUCUCAUGAUGGUUCUGUGGAUGGAUAUAGUACUUUACUGGUCAAAGCUUCUGAACUAAAAAGAAUUAGCAACCAGUUAGAUCAUGGUAAAAUCCCAACCUUGCUAUCUCCUGCAAAGCAGGUAGUGGAAUUGAAUAGACAGUAUCAUCCAGUUGGUGAGCCAAUUGCAAAAUCUGGAGCUGCACUCCAAGCUUCUGGUGAGGCUGUUUAUGUGGAUGACAUUCCUUCUCCAAUGAAUUGCCUACACGGGGCUUUCAUUUAUAGUACGAAGCCUUACGCUCGAGUAAAGGGUAUCAAAUUUAAGCCUAAAUCACUGCCAGAUGGAGUCAGUUCACUUAUUUCUUUCAAAGAUAUCCCAGGGGAGAACAUAGGCUCUAAAACUAUAUUUGGUAUUGAGCCUUUAUUUGCUGAUGAUUUUACUCGAUGUGCCGGACAGUAUAUUGCUUUUGUGGUUGCAGACACACAGAAACAUGCAGAUAUGGCUGCAAACCUUGCAGUGGUUGAUUAUGAUGUGGGAAAUUUGGAACUGCCCAUUUUAUCUGUAGAAGAGGCUGUUAGGAGAUCUAGCUUUUUUGAGGUUCCUUCUAUCUUGAACCCAAAAAAGGUUGGUGAUUUCUCGAGAGGAAUGGCUGAAGCUGAUCACAAGAUUCUCUCUGCUGAGAUCAAACUUGGGUCACAGUACUAUUUCUAUAUGGAGACACAAACUGCCCUUGCAAUUCCAGAUGAAGACAACUGCAUUGUGGUUUACAGUUCAAUACAAUGCCCUGAAUAUGCACAUAGUACUAUUUCGAGAUGUCUUGGUAUUCCUGAACAUAAUGUUCGUGUGAUCACAAGAAGGGUUGGAGGUGGUUUUGGUGGAAAGGCCAUAAGAGCAAUGCCUGUUGCUACAGCAUGUGCACUUGCAGCAUACAAAUUACGCCGCCCUGUCCGGAUAUAUAUGAAUCGCAAAACUGAUAUGAUAAUAGCAGGAGGAAGACAUCCAAUGAAAAUAACCUAUAGUGUAGGAUUCAAAUCUGAUGGCAAGAUUACUGCCUUACACCUUGAUAUAUUAAUCAAUGCGGGAAUAGCUGCAGAUAUAAGCCCAAUUAUGCCUCACAACCUUCUGGGUGCCCUUAAAAAGUAUGAUUGGGGUGCUUUAUCUUUUGAUAUAAAAGUUUGCAAAACAAACCAUUCGACUAAAUCAGCAAUGCGUGCUCCUGGGGAGGUACAAGCUACAUUUAUUUCUGAAGCUGUAAUUGAACAUGUAGCAUCUACUCUUUCCAUGGAUGUGGACUCUGUGAGAAGCAAAAACCUCCAUACUUUCAACAGCCUCAAAUUUUUCUAUGAGGGCAGUGCAGGUGAACCUGUUGAUUACACUUUACCUUCAAUCUGGGAUAAGUUGGCUAGUUCUUCAAGACUUAAACAAAGAACUGAAAUGAUAAAGCAGUUUAAUAUGUGUAAUAAAUGGCAGAAAAGAGGUAUUUCUCAAGUACCGAUUGUGCAUGAAGUUUCAUUGAGGCCAACUCCAGGGAAAGUAAGCAUUCUUAGUGAUGGAUCUGUUGCUGUUGAAGUUGGAGGGAUUGAGCUAGGCCAGGGGCUGUGGACCAAAGUGAAACAGAUGGCUGCAUUUGCUCUCAGCUCAAUUCAGUGUGAUGGAAUGGGAGACUUCUUGGAGAAAGUAAGGGUCAUACAAUCAGAUACAUUAAGCUUAAUACAGGGGGGUUUUACUGCUGGAAGCACUACAUCAGAGUCCAGCUGUGAAGCUAUUAGACUCUGCUGCAAUAUUUUGGUUGAAAGACUAACUCCUACCAAGGAAAGAUUGCAGGAGCAAAUGGGUUCUGUUGAAUGGGGCACACUGAUUCUUCAGGCACAAAGUCAAGCUGUGAACUUAUCAGCAAGUUCUUACUAUGUCCCUGACUUUUCUUCCAUGAAAUACCUAAACUAUGGUGCUGCUGUAAGUGAGGUGGAGGUAAAUCUUCUCACUGGAGAAACCACCAUUUUGCAAUCUGAUAUUAUAUAUGACUGUGGGCAGAGCCUCAACCCUGCUGUGGAUUUAGGACAGAUAGAAGGAGCUUUUGUCCAAGGGAUUGGGUUUUUUAUGCUCGAGGAAUACACAACUAAUUCAGAGGGACUGGUGGUCACUGAAGGCACAUGGACAUACAAGAUCCCAACAAUUGACACCAUACCCAAGCAGUUCAAUGUUGAGAUACUGAACAGCGGACAUCAUACAAAACGUGUUCUUUCUUCUAAAGCUUCUGGUGAGCCACCAUUACUUCUAGCAGUUUCAGUUCACUGUGCUACAAGGGCAGCUAUUAGAGAAGCCCGACAACAGCUUCUUUCCUGGACUGGGCUAUGCAAGUCUGAUUUGACAUUCCAGUUGGAGGUCCCGGCAACAAUGCCUGUUGUGAAGAAUUUGUGCGGACUGGAGAAUGUGGAGAGCUACUUACAAAGCUUGCUCUCUUAAUGCUAAAACCAUUUCCGGCUUUUGUGUGGUAAUUCAUGUGGAUCUAGUUUAUUUUAGUGGAUGGUAGAGAUUGUGAAUAUGUACAUGGGUGUAAUGCUGCUUACAUGUAGUGAUGAUCAUAAGAGGAGUGGAAAGGUGGGGGGUGGCUGGUGAUGGAACUUCACCAAAAAAUAAGGAUGAACAAAGUAGGAGACUCAAAUGCCAUUCAAUAAUUUACUCACCAGCCCUCAGUCACUUUCUUUGAGGUUUUAAAAACUGUAUUGUGUACAUUUCUAUUGCUCUCAACACUCAACUGCACGGUAUCCAUGGAGUGCUUGUUAUGCACUUCAAUAAUUCACCCACAACUGAUCGGUCACUUUCUUUGAGAUUUUAUAGUAGCAUGCCUCCAGGUUCUUGAAAGUUGACUAUAUAUGGAAAAGAUAUUCGAUGAGAAAGGAAAAGUAGUGUUAAUGCUGAGCUACUCUGGCCGCCUUCCAUCACAGCUUCAUCUCCAAUCCUUGUGCCAUCAAUGGCUUGAAUAUGGUCACCGACCUCGAGGUUGGAGUCAGCUUUGAAUUCAUCCUUGUACUCGCUACCAGUCUUUUUGUUGGCUGUUGUUUCAGCUGAGAAGACCCACUAAAAUCUCCACAAAACAGAGAGGAAGAGAGCAAUCUGGAAUUGUUUUUUAUUCACAUUUCUCAGAUUCAAUCUCAGCCAUUAAGGUUUUCCACUUACAACAUAUGCAGCACUUUAAGUGUCUCAAAUUCCAUUAUGAAUUAAUUUGUAAGUUAUUGAUAUUUUCCUAAUAGUGUAAGAGAUUUUCAUAUUAUUAUAAAGUAAAUAUCUCAAAGUGAGAUUUUCUUUUA